GCCCUGUCCGUGCCUUGGUCCUUCCUUUUUCUAUUGCAGUCGCAGCCAUGAGCAUGCUCAGGCUCCAAAAGAGGCUUGCCUCCAGCGUUUUGCGCUGUGGCAAAAAGAAGGUUUGGCUGGAUCCCAACGAGACCAAUGAGAUCGCCAACGCCAACUCCCGCCAGCAGAUCCGUAAAUUGGUGAAGGAUGGCCUCAUCAUCCGCAAGCCCGUCACGGUGCACUCUCGCGCCCGUUGCCGCAAGAACACGCUGGCACGUCGCAAGGGGAGGCACAUGGGAGUCGGUAAGAGAAAGGGUACAGCCAAUGCGCGAAUGCCCGAGAAGCUGUCUUGGAUGCGUCGCAUGAGAAUUCUACGCCGUCUCCUCCGUCGCUACCGGGAGUCCCACAAGAUUGACAGGCACAUGUACCACAGCCUCUACCUGAAGGUGAAGGGUAACGUGUUCAAGAACAAGCGUAUCCUCAUGGAGCACAUCCACAAGCUGAAGGCAGACAAGGCCCGCAAGAAGCUGCUGUGUGAUCAGGCCGAGGCUCGUCGCUCCAAGACGAAGGAGGCCCGUAAGCGCAGAGAGGAACGCCUGGCAGCCAAGAAAGAGGAGAUCAUCAAGACCCUCUCAAAGGAGGAGGAGACCACCAAGAAGUAAACAACUUCUUGUCCAUGGCCUACACCUCCUGCCCAACACCACCUUGUCAAGUGCGGACAAUAAAGUGUACAGAAAGAC